UCCUGCCGAGACGCACCUCGACCAGAAACGUACAGAGUAUCGAUCCUCAUGGUUCCGCUGUGGAAAUGGCCUCGUACAGUCACCGAGCUAUAAAUGCCAAAUGAGCUGCUUUAUUUUGGAGAGAGAAGAAAGCCCCGCGUGAAGUUUGUUACGGUAAUCUGAGGAGUGACUUGGCAGAAAAAACAAUGCCACAUUUCCUGUGGCCGGAGCCGCUGUCACCCGCACAACUCAAGCGGCUGGAGGAGCAUAAAUACAGCUCCUCCGGUCGGUCUCUGUUUGAGCCCCCGUUUCAGAUCUACUGGAACUGGCUCGUCCAGCAAACUCCGACAUGGAUCGCACCAAACACUCUGACUAUUGUCGGACUGCUGGUGAAUAUCCUCUCCACGAUGGUGCUUGUCUAUUAUUGUCCCACGGCAACAGAGGAGGCUCCAGCAUGGGCCUUCAUCAUGAGCGCUCUGGGCCUGUUCAUCUACCAGUCUCUGGACGCCAUCGACGGGAAACAGGCCAGGAGGACCAACAGCAGCUCGCCGCUGGGGGAGCUAUUCGAUCACGGCUGCGAUGCCGUCUCCACAGUCUUUGUUGCGAUAGGAACAUGCAUUUCAUGUGGAAUAGGAAGAUACCCAAACUGGAUUUUCUUCUGUGGUUUCAUCGGGAUGUUCAUGUUCUUCUGCGCCCACUGGCAGACCUACGUGUCCGGGACGCUCCGCUUCGGCCUGAUUGACGUCACAGAGGUGCAGAUCGCCAUCAUAACCAUGUACUUGAUGUCGGCUUUCGGGGGCGUGAGCCUCUGGCAAACCACGUUGCCCAUCCUUGGACUGAAGCUGUACGCCUUCCCCAUCAUGGGCAUCAUCGGCGGGGCCCUCUAUUCCUGCUACAACUACUUCCAUGUUAUUUUGAACGGAGGUGUCGGCAAAAACGGCUCAACCGUGGCUGACACCAGCGUGCUGACUCCCGGUCUGCACGUCGGCCUCUUCCUCACCCUCGCCUUCAUCAUUUUCAAGAAGUCGUCGAGUCAGCUGUUCGAGCUCCACCCCUGUCUCUACCUGCUCGCCUUUGGCAUGGUCAUCUCCAAGAUCUCCAACAAGCUCGUGAUCGCACACAUGACCAAGAGCGAGUUGCAUCUCCCGGACACAGCCUUCGUCGGCCCCGGCCUCCUCUUCCUCAACCAGUACUUCAACAGCUUCAUCGACGAGCACAUAGUCCUCUGGGUCGCUUUGGUCAGUGUUUCACACAUUUAUAGUUUUAAUGAAUUCUUCUUUUUUUAAGGGCUACUCCAGAAA